AUGUUAUUGAUAGUAAUACCAUCUAAGCUAAAAGUACAGCUAAAAGAUUACAAACCUAUGACAGUAGUCUUUCGAACAGCAAUAAGUGCAAAAGUAUUGUAUCAAAGGACCAGUGUGACCAGCAACUAUAACGGACAGACCGUGAUGUGGAAAAUUAUUGUUUUAACAUCCUUAAUUAUAGAUGUUCAACCUAAUUUACAGAAGUUUCUCGGUAAAUGGAUCCCCGUCAUGGUUUACCCAAACGUGGUAUACAUUCCAAUGUGCACGAAAUACAGUGUGUACGAAGAUUUUGAUGGCCAAAAAAUUUGUCAAUGUACGUGUGCUGAUAAUAAAAAUACAACUUUAGUGAUCAUGAGUCUUGAGGAGAAUAUCAAUUACGAUCGCCAAGAAGUUGAUAGAAGAUCUUUUCCUCUUGUUGAAGUUUCUGACUCAACUGAUAUCAUGCCGGCUUUGAACGUUUCCUGUAUAUGUGGUCAAGAGCGUUUUCGCACUCGUCUAGUGGCAAAGUCUAUCAAUGGCGAAUAUUUUACAUUGUAUGAACUGAAGAACGUAAGUUACUACACGAAGAAAGAAGAGAACACCGCAUACAUAAUGGCAAAGAAGAUAGAAAGUUCUUACGCGAUACGAAAUAUUGCGAAAAGACUUAAUGAUUUAAAAGAUAGACGAGGAGGAAUCAUGUGUUCUAAAGAAAUUGCAGAAAAUCAGUAUUAA